GGGGAGGGGGGAAACCAAGAAUCAUGGUUUACCACUCGUCCUUCCCUCCCUGUCUGCUUCCGCUGGACACGCUCUUCAUGGAAUCGAUUCAAUCCUUCCCAAAAUCUCUUCCCCCUCUCUCUCUCUCUCUGUACCUUCCUCCGACGAGCCCUAGCUCCAGCCCCAGCCCCAGCCUAGCCCUAGUCCUUUUCUCUUCUCUCUCCUCCUGCCUCUGAUGAGGUAGCCCAGUCCAUUUGAUCUCUCUGCUGCUGCUGCUCCGUUUGCAGAAGAAAAGCUGAUCUGAUGUGAUGUAAUUCAGAUCCCGCCAGAUCUAUCGACUCCUCCCUGGCAACCCCUCCUGCCAUUUUGCCAUGAUUUCGCAUUCAGUGCAUUGAAUCCCAUCUCUGAUCCGCCCGUUUCCCGAUUCCCAAAACCCGGUUUUUGAUCAAUUCUCCCCCUUCAACCCCGUUUUGGUCUCUCCCUAAGGUGCGUUCCCCAGUUCCUGUGUCCGUUCCGUUGCCCAUUUAUCGAUGUUCAGACUGAAUUACGGUUUUCUCUGAGGUACAUUUGGGUAAAUUUUGUCUCAUUUACUCCUCUCAGUUUUGGCUUGUUCUCGGACACCCAUAUACGGCCGGUGUCACAUUUGUCUCAAAGUCAGUAUCUUGUCGACAUUUGAGUGAAUUCGAGCGUCAGGAACAGUUGGAUUUUCUUUUUGGGGGGUUGCGUCUUUGGGCCUCUGUGGUGCUGCUUGUGAUUGAAUCCUGAAGGGUCUCUUUUCGUCUGCAAUAAGAUUUUUGAAGGGUCUCCUUGGAAGCGAGGAAUCAUUAUUCUGACGACAGGACAGGGGCUGGUCUAUGCUUUUAUGUGAUUUUCACCAUUCUUGGGAGGCUGAGGUCAAUUAUUGCCAGUUAUCACAUUGGGGGGGUGGAAAGACUAUUGGGAUAACGCCGUUGAUAAUCCAGUUUUCCUGAGCUGAGAUUGCCGGUCAGCCAUCUUCGAGCGAAUCCUUGUCGUAGUGCCUUGGACUUGCGAGCUCCGAGGGGGGGGGGGGGGGGGGGGGGGGGGGGGGUGUAAGCAGAGUCCUUUUAAGAUGUUUUGGCGUAGUUCUUUAAAGUAGAGGCAGUUAAUGCAUUCGGUUCUACCAUGCGGUCGUCGGAGUUUUUUGAUUUAUGACUUCUGGGCAGCCAUUGCUCUCUUCGUCAGAUUCUGAACCUCCGAAGCGUAUUAGGAGUAUCGGCUCCUUCGGCUGCCUCUGCCGUGAUGCUUCGCUCACAUCGUCAAAUUGCGAUGACAAUCAGACCAAUGUGGUAGAGGUAAACGCGGAGCAAUCAGAAGAGGAACAGGAGGGAGAUUUAGCUCCCUUAGAAUCUCUUUUUUCUAGGAAUCCCCUUAAGCAUCCAUAUCCUCUUGCGGCUAAGAGAGAGGUCUAUUCGGCUGAGCUACAGAGUCACCAGCGGUUUCCAUUGGCAUGCCCCACGCUAGACCAGAAACGGCAGGUUGCGUGGGGUUCAAUGGAGCUGGCUAGUUGUAACAUCACUAAUUCGGCGCCCCUUGGGCGAUCAGGGGCUCCGUAUAUGGUGCAGGAUAAGUCGGGCAAGUCUCAGAGAGUCCGGCAUAAGAGCAUGCAGUUUGAAGAUAACCAGCUUUGUGAAGAGGAUUCAAGGUUGAUCUAUAUCAAUGAUCCGAGGAGGACUAAUGAGAAGUAUGAGUUCACUGGGAAUGAAAUUCGGACUAGCAAGUACACCAUACUCACUUUUCUGCCUAAGAAUCUCUUCAUUCAGUUCCACCGUGUUGCAUAUUUGUAUUUUCUAGCUAUUGCUGCUCUCAAUCAGCUUCCACCGCUUGCUGUCUUUGGGAGAACAGUCUCUCUUUUCCCUCUCCUGUUCGUGCUGUCUGUCACUGCUGUUAAAGAUGGGUAUGAGGACUGGCGAAGGCACAGAUCAGACCGCAAGGAGAACAAUAGGGAAGCUCUUGUGCUUCAGUCUGGGGAGUUCCGACCGAAGAGAUGGAAGGACAUAGAAGCUGGUGAGGUUGUAAAAAUCUUUGCUGAUGAGACAAUUCCAUGUGACAUGGUCUUGCUUGGCACAAGUGAUUCUAGUGGACUUGCUUACAUUCAGACAAUGAAUUUAGAUGGUGAGUCGAACUUGAAGACAAGAUAUGCUCGGCAAGAAACUGCCUCUGCCGAGUUUGAAGGGUUUUCUGUUUCAGGGCUGAUCAGAUGUGAGCAACCCAAUAGGAAUGUUUAUGAGUUCACAGCCAACAUGGAGUUUGACAGGCAGAAGUUUCCGCUCACCCAAUCAAAUAUAAUAUUGCGCGGUUGUCAGUUGAAGAACACGGACUGGGUCAUUGGGGUUGUGGUGUAUGCUGGACAGGAAACGAAAGCCAUGCUGAACAGUGCAACGUCUCCUUCCAAAAGAAGUAAACUGGAGAGUUACAUGAACAGGGAAACCUUCUGGUUGUCUGUAUUUCUUUUUGUCAUGUGUUUUGUUGUGGCUCUUGGAAUGGGGUUAUGGCUUGUACGCCACAAGGAACAGCUUGAUACGUUGCCAUACUACAGGAAGAGAUACUUCACAAUGGGCAAGGAUUACAAGAAAACAUACAAAUACUAUGGAAUUCCCAUGGAGACAUUCUUUUCAUUUCUGAGUUCCAUCAUAGUGUUUCAGAUAAUGAUACCGAUAUCUCUUUACAUAACCAUGGAAUUGGUUCGUUUAGGACAGUCGUACUUUAUGAUUGGAGACAAGCAUAUGUACGACAGUGCUUCUGAUUCACGGUUCCAGUGUAGAUCUUUGAAUAUAAAUGAGGAUUUGGGUCAAAUUCGCUAUAUAUUCUCUGACAAAACCGGGACUCUGACUGAAAACAAAAUGUUAUUCCGGAGAGCAAGUGUGUUUGGCAAGGACUAUGGGGAUUAUGAGCAUGUGGGCGAUUUGUUGCAGGAAACCAAUACAGCAGGAGGAACUGUACAUAGGAGGAAAUGGAAACUCAAAUCUGAAAUAACUGUCGAUUCCAAGUUGAUGAAGUUGUUGCACAAAAAAUCAAAUGAAGAGGAGAGGCUUGCUGCACACAACUUUUUUCUCACACUGGCUGCAUGUAACACGGUUAUACCAAUUAUUCACGAUGAUAUGGAAAUGAUUGAAUAUCAGGGUGAAUCUCCUGAUGAGCAAGCUUUGGUCUCUGCUGCUUCCGCCUAUGGAUAUACUCUUUUUGAGCGCACUUCCGGGCAUAUUGUGAUUGAUGUCAAUGGUGAGAAAUUAAGGUUGGAUGUGUUGGGGCUGCAUGAGUUUGAUAGUGUGCGCAAAAGAAUGUCUGUUGUCAUCAGAUUUCCUGAUGACACUGUGAAAGUGUUAGUGAAAGGUGCUGACAGUUCCAUGUUCAGUGUCAUAACAAAGGAUAUCGAAAGUGGUGACCACUUAUGGCAUGAAACGCAGGACCACCUGACACAGUAUUCUUUGCAAGGCCUACGGACCCUUGUUGUUGCUGCUAGAGAUCUUACUGCUUUGGAACUUGAGCAGUGGCAAUGCAGGUAUGAAGAUGCCAGCACUUCUCUCACUGAAAGAGCUCUAAAGCUACGUCAAACAGCUGCCCUCAUAGAGAGCAACCUUAGUCUACUUGGUGCCACUGCAAUUGAAGAUAAGCUCCAAGAAGGUGUCCCGGAGACUAUAGAGUCCCUUAGACAAGCAGGAAUUAAAGUCUGGGUUCUGACUGGAGAUAAGCAAGAGACAGCAAUUUCUAUUGGACUCUCUUGCAAGCUCUUGAUGACAGAUAUGCAACACAUUGUUAUUAAUGGCAACUCAGAAGCUGAGUGUAGAAAUCUUUUGGCUGAUGCCAAGAUCAAGUAUGGAGUGGAUGAAAGAAAUGAAAACUUGAAACAGAGAAGUGGUGCAGAAAGUAAUAAUCAAGGGCUUCAUUAUGACACAAAGUCUUUCGAGAAGCCACAGUGGAACUCCGUCAAGGAGGAAAAACUAAAUGCGCCGUUGGCGCUUGUUAUCGAUGGGAACAGUUUAGUGUACAUUUUGGAAAAGGAUCUGGAAUCAGAGCUUUUCGACCUUGCAACUGCCUGUAGGGUUGUCCUAUGCUGUCGUGUUGCCCCAUUGCAAAAGGCUGGUAUUGUUGACUUAGUCAAAAGCCGGACUGAUGAUAUGACGUUGGCUAUAGGUGAUGGGGCCAAUGAUGUCUCAAUGAUCCAAAUGGCUGAUGUUGGGGUUGGAAUAUGCGGUCAGGAAGGGCGACAGGCAGUAAUGGCAGCAGAUUUUGCUAUGGGACAGUUCAGAUUUCUGAAAAGACUACUUCUCGUACAUGGUCACUGGAAUUAUCAACGAGUUGCUUAUUUGGUUCUCUACAACUUCUAUCGAAAUGCUGUCUUUGUGUUGAUGCUGUUCUGGUACAUACUAUGUACUGCCUUCUCAACUACAUCCGCCUUAACAGAUUGGAGCAGCAUGUUUUACUCCAUUAUCUACACAUCAGUCCCCACAAUUGUUGUUGGAAUUCUUGACAAGGACUUGAGCCACAAGACUCUCUUGCAGUAUCCCAAACUUUAUUGUGCAGGACACAGACACGAGGCCUACAAUAUGCGCCUCUUCUGGAUCACAAUGGUAGACACACUAUGGCAGAGUCUUGUUCUUUUUUACGUGCCUGUGUUCACUUAUAGGGAGAGCUCGAUUGACAUAUGGAGCUUGGGCAGUUUGUGGACAAUAGCAGUGGUUGUCCUUGUAAAUAUACACCUAGCGAUGGAUAUUCAACGCUGGGUAGCCAUCACUCAUGCAGCAGUUUGGGGUUCCAUAAUCAUAACUUAUGCCUGCAUGGUGGUAUUGGAUUCUAUUCCCGUCUUCCCAAAUUACUGGACAAUCUAUCAUCUCGUUGGCUCACCCAAGUAUUGGAUCACCAUUUUGCUGAUAAUAGUUGUGGCAUUGCUUCCCCGCUUUUUUCUCAAAGUGUUAGGACAAAUAUUUUGGCCUUCGGAUAUCCAAAUAGCCAGAGAGGCGGAGGUUCUAAAAUGGCCUGGGCACGUCCAACCUAAAGGGAAGCAAGCUUCCACUUGACACCUUCCCUUUGGUUUGCCCUCUAGAUUCCUAUUGAGCAAUGUCGCUGCUAUUUAAAGGUAAGCAUAUUCUCAAUCUUAUUUUCCCCCACUUUUUUCUCUACUAUGUCGGAGAUUGUCUCCAUCCCCGUAAUUCCCUCUUUCAUCAUGCUGCAUUAUGCAGUUAGAUGCUGGGCAUAAAUGGUUGCUGAAACACAGCAUCAUGUAAAAGAGUGAGUCCUUAGACGAAAACGUUGGGGAUGAGAGGGACAGGACUGGGGAGAGUUUUGGUUGGGCAUUCAGGAGGAUCCCGGUCAGGAAGGGAAGUGGAAAAGGAGGAUUAGGUAUUUUCAUUCCAAGGAGAUUGUUAGGGCUGGACUGACUUGAGUCAGAGAAUAGGUCAUUAUAAUCUGUAUCAUUCAUUGUCGUGAUUGAAGGGGUUUUCGAGAGAGAGAGAGAGAGCUGAGGAAGGGGGGAGAAGACGAAGAUGAAGAUGGAACGCGAAAGUAUAUAAUAGUUUGUGUAAAGAAACAGGCUCGGAAAUUCUUUCUUUUUUCUUUUUAAUUUUAUAACACGAUGAAAUGGAAAUGGUAAGUCUUGCGAUCGGUGGAGAUAACACUGGAAUCUGCUGUAAUCCAUCUCCUGUAUAUCAUGUUCCGUGAUUUUUAAUACGAGAAUGUAGGGUUUCUUCCAUUUGUUA